AUGGCUAUGUCUAAAGGAUUUAAAGUUUUAGAGAAGGCAACCCCACCCAAUCCCUAUAGUAUUAUUCUGCAGCAUAGGAAUAAAGAUAGUGCUCUCUUGUUUGAGUCUCAAGCUGUGGUUGCACUUUCAUCUCAAGAAACAGAAACUCUACGAAAGCAAUACCACAAGAUCGCUGACGCAUACGGCUGCCUUGGCGUCCUCCAACUAAACUCGGGUGAAAGCUGCCUGUUAUAUCUCGUUCUUGUUACGGGCUGCUGCUCUGUCGGUAAAGUUGGCGAUGGCGAAGUUUUCAAGAUUACACAAACUCAAUUUUUACCAUUGUUCUAUCAAUCGCAAGGUGAAGACAAGGUUUGCGAGGUAAGAAAACUGCUUAAUUCGGGUACUUUCUAUUUCUCUUGGAACACAGUCAAAAACAAUGAUAACCUUUUUGAUCUCACACUAUGCGCUCAAAGAAAAAGUAAAAGUAGUAUCCCUGAUAAUAGAUUCUUCUGGAACAGAACUUUAUUUAUUCAUUUGCUGAGAUUUGGAAUUGAUUGUGACGACUGGCUUACUAGGGCAAUGUGUGGUUCUGUAGAAAUUCGAACUAUUUAUGUUGGCCACCGUCAAGCAAGAGCUGUUCUUGUCUCACGUUUGAGUUGUGAAAGAGCUGGAACAAGAUUCAAUGUGAGAGGCUGUAAUGAUGAUGGCAAUGUUGCUAAUUUUGUUGAAACUGAACAAGCCAUUUAUAUUGAUGAUUCAGUGGCAUCUUAUAUUCAAACUCGUGGUUCAGUUCCUCUAUUUUGGGAACAACCAGGAAUUCAAGUUGGCUCUCACAAAGUAAAGAUGUCUCGUGGAUAUGAUGCAUCAACGAGUGCUUGUGAUAGACAUUUCUCUCUCUUAAAGCGUAAUUAUGGGUCUGUAUUUGUUGUGAAUCUCUUGGGAUCGAGUCUAAUUGGUGGAAGUGAAGGUGAGGCCACUCUCAGCAAUGCUUUUCAAAAACAUCUCGGUGAAUCUGCUCAUGCUGACGUUGUACAAUUAAUAUUUGAUUAUCAUCAGGAGGUUCGAGCGACAUCAAUAGAAUCAGCUUUGGCUAAAUUUAAGAAACUUAUUGAUAAACAUUAUGACGAUAUUGGUAUAUUUAGUGCUAAAGGAAUAGAUAUAUAUAAUAUUCAAAAGGGUGUGAUUCGUACCAAUUGUCUUGAUUGCUUGGACAGAACUAAUUCAAUACAAACUUUUAUAGGCUUGGAAAUGUUAUCUGUGCAAUUAAUGUUAUUGCAAUGUAUUGAUAAGAAGCAAAAUGUAAAUAGAUUUGAAGAAGUUUUUAAGCAAAUGUGGGUCAAUAAUGGCAAUGAAAUUUCAAAAAUUUAUGCUGGAACUGGUGCUAUUCAAGGUGGAUCUAAACUAAUAGAUGGAGCAAGAUCUGCUGCACGAACCAUUCAAAACAAUUUGUUAGACAACUCGAAACAAGAAGCUAUUGAUAUAUUAUUACUGGGUUCUACAUUAAAUUCAGAACUUGCUGAUCGUACAAGAAUACUGUUACCAGCGAAUAUACUACAUACAUCAACUCCAAUACUCAGAGAAAUGUGCCGUCGAGCAAAUGAAUUUACACAGCCGACCAGUAUACGUAUCACUAUUGGUACUUAUAAUGUUAAUGGAGGAAAACAUUUUAGAAGUUUAGCUUACAAAGAUGUUUCUCUAGCUGAUUGGUUAUUAGAUUGCCCUACUUCUUCUCUUGUGAAUACUGUAAAUCUUAAAGAUCAUCCUUCUGAUAUAUUUGCUAUUGGAUUUGAAGAAAUAGUUGAUUUGAAUGCAAGUAAUAUUAUGGCGGCUAGCUCUGAUAAUGCCAAAGCCUGGAGUGAAGAAUUGGAGAAGGUUUUAUGUCGCGAUGCCCCUUAUACUCUCCUCUCAACUCAUCAGUUGGUUGGAGUGUGUUUGUUUGUUUUUGUUAGGAAAGAUUUAAUUCCCCAUAUUAGAGAUGUUGCACUUGAUUCUGUUAAAACAGGACUAGGAGGAACCACUGGCAAUAAAGGAGCAGUUGGCAUUAGAAUGGUUAUAUAUGGAUCUUCUAUCUGCUUUGUGUGUGCUCAUUUUGCUGCUGGGCAAUCACAAGUCACUGAACGAAAUGCUGAUUAUACUGAAAUUACAAGAAAAAUUGCAUUUCCAAUGGGCAGAUCUCUAUAUUCACAUGAUUAUGUGUUUUGGUGUGGUGAUUUCAAUUACCGUAUAGACCUGGAUAAAGACGAAGUACGUUCUUUAGUAGCACAAAAUAAUAUGCAACGAUUAGUUGAACAAGAUCAACUUAUUCAACAGAAAGCAUUAGGAUUGGUUUUCAAAAAUUGUUUUGAGGGUGAAAUAACAUUUCCCCCUACAUAUAAAUACGAUCUUUUCAGUGAUGAUUAUGAUACGAGUGAAAAGUGUCGCGCACCUGCUUGGACAGACAGAAUCCUUUGGAGAAGUAGAAAAUAUACAAUUGACCCAGAAACAACAUCAGAAUUAGGUGCAGGAAAGUUGCUUUUCUAUGGAAGAGCAGAACUGAAGCAAAGUGAUCAUCGGCCAGUGAUAGCAAUUUUAGAAGUUGAAGUAUUGCAAGUUAGUUACACAAAAUGCAUGGAGGUAUUUUAUGAAGUUGUAAAAGAUCUGGGACCACCAGAUGCAAGCAUUAUUGUUCAACCAUUUGAUGAAAAUGAUAGUGAUGAGUCUGUAUUUGAUGAUAAUGUAGUGGCUGCAGUUUUACAGGAGUUGGCUACAAUUGGUGAAGUGACACUAGUUCGAUUUAUCGAUGACCACACAUUAAGUAUCACAUUUCGAGAAGGGCAGAAUGCCUUAGCUGCAGCACAAAAAGGCCAAAUGUAUGUUUGUUCUAUACCACUGGCUAUUACUUUAAAAUCACCUAAUUGGGUUGAAAUAGUACGUUCUGAAAUAAAUCUGUGUUCUAACAACACAAUGCCUCUAUCUGGCGAAAUUCAAUUAGAUCGACCACUGAGAUCAGCUCCACCCACACCUCGUAGAGUUCAACCCAGUAGGCCGCCUGCACCUUCGCCAACUCCCUUGGUGCCUUCAAGGGUAACAGCUCCUCCAGUGAGUCCCGCUCGGCCACCGCCACCGCGACCUGCACCUCUUCCUCCCGACACUGGAAAAACGACAGGUCCGUCACAGAUGCCGUCGUCGCCAGCUGACAGUACACUCCCGCCAUCUGACACUACGCCCCCGCCAUCUUGUGCUCCUCCGCCAUCUUGUGCUCCGCCGCCGCCUCCGCUCAGUGAGACUCCACCGCCCACGGGGCCACCUCCACCCGUUCCCGCAAGGCAAGGAGCGCCUCCUCCACUGCCAGCAAGGCCCCGUCCGGCAAUAUAA